UGAGUGCAGAGGAAGAACAAUUUAAUCAGAUUAUUUUCCAGAGAUAAAGGUGGCAUGCAGUUUGCUAGAUUGCCAUUAUUCUCCUUUCAUCACUGUGUUUUGGGAGAAAAGCAAGAGACUUUCUGCAAUUUUUCUUAUCCCCAUGGAGCAUUGAUUUGUUGUCUGAUUUCAAUGCAGAGUUCAAUAUUCAGGUAUGUAAGUGCAACAUAAAUAAUAUGGCAUCCUCUGCGGAGCCAAAGGGGGGGCUCUUUUCCUGGGAGAGGCUAUAACUUACGAUGGGCGAGGCAACCGCAUAAAUAUUGUUGGUGCUUUAACACACCCAAAUAGUAAACCACUCUGGGCUAGUGGAAGAGAUGUGCGCGGGAGAAAGGAAAAGGGAAAAGGCCUCCUAGGAGCCUUUGCAGCCCCAAGUUGGGGUGAAGGGUUCAGGUAAGAUUUGCCGUGGUGUGACUUUUAGUAAUUGGACCCCCGCUGUCCCCAGCAACACGGAGAUAACCGGGGAGAAACAAGGACUCUUUUCUUGCCUGGGGGCAUGGAGAUUUCGUUUUGAGGAGCCAUCAGACUCUGAGCAGGGUGAGUGACGAGAUGCCCGCUGCCCCGGGAUGGGUUUCCUGAUGAGCGGAGGAGGAGAGACUGGAGUUUUUGGCCAGGGAGAGGGCACGGGAGAAGGGACUGUUGGUCUCCUUGGGAAAGGCAUCUCUCUCCUGCUUUGCAACAAUGUCAGUGAUGAUUUCGGCUCACCAGAAGGUGAGCACCUCCUUCUCCACCGCCACCACAGCCAUCAGCAAGCUGGAGCUGGUGGGGAGUAAUCCUCCACAAAGAAACUGGAAAGGAAUUGCAAUUGCUUUACUGGUUAUUCUGGUUAUCUGCUCCCUGAUUGUCACCUCUGUUAUACUCCUGACACCAGUUGAAGAUAACAGCCUGUCUCAAAAGAAAAAGAUAACAGUGGAAGAUCUAUUCAGUGCAGAUUUCAAAAUUCAUGAUCCAGAGGCUAAAUGGAUAAGUGAUAAAGAAUUUAUUUAUAGAAAUCAGAAUGGAACUGUGAUCCUGUGGAAUGUUGAAACAAACAACACAACAGUAUUAAUAGAAAACAAAAAAAUUGUCUUCUUAAAGGCCAUUCGCUAUGAAGUGUCACCUGAUCGGGAGUAUGCCCUUUACGCAUUUGACGUUGAACCGGUUUAUCGGCAUUCGUAUACAGCAUAUUAUGUCCUCAGCAAAAUACCUUUUGGGGACGCCCAGAGUUUGUAUCCACCUGAAGUUAGUAAUGCAAAGCUUCAAUACGCUGGAUGGGGUCCAAAGGGGCAACAACUGAUAUUUAUCUUUGAGAAUAACAUCUAUUACUGUGCCCAUGUGGGGAAGCAAGCCAUCCGAGUGGUCUCCACUGGAAAGGAAGGUGUUAUUUUCAAUGGCCUCAGCGACUGGCUAUAUGAAGAGGAGAUAUUGAAGACCCAUAUAGCACAUUGGUGGUCUCCUGAUGGCACCAGGUUAGCGUAUGCAACAAUAAAUGACUCCAGAGUCCCUAUUAUGGAAAUUCCAGUCUACACUGGCAGCCUUUAUCCUACCAUUAAAACAUAUCAUUAUCCAAAGGCUGGAAUGGAAAAUCCAAGCAUUUCUUUACAUGUCAUUGGUUUGAAUGGACCUACCCAUGAUCUGGAGAUGACUCCCCCUGAUGAUCAAAGAAUGAGGGACUACUACAUAACCAUGGUGAAAUGGGCCACUAGCACCAAAGUGGCAGUAAAUUGGCUAAACCGGGCACAGAAUGUUUCUAUCCUGACACUGUGUGAUGCUACCACUGGAGUCUGCACAAAGAAACAUGAAGAUGAAAGCGAAGCCUGGCUACACAGACAGAAUGAAGAGCCAAUCUUUUCUAAAGAUGGACGGAAGUUUUUCUUCAUCCGAGCCAUUCCUCAAGGAGGACGAGGAAAAUUCUACCAUAUUGCCAUGUCGUCAUCACAGCCUAAUAGCAGCAGUGAUAACUUACAGUCCAUUACAUCUGGUGAUUGGGACGUGACAAAGAUUUUGGCAUAUGAUGAAAAGAGGCAUAAAAUUUACUUCCUCAGCACAGAAGAUUUACCAAGACGGCGACACUUAUAUAGUGCAAGCACAAAUGGAAACUUCAACAGGCAGUGUCUGUCCUGUGAUUUGAUUGAAAACUGUACUUAUUUCAGUGCAUCAUUCAGUCACAACAUGGAGUACUUCUUACUGACUUGUGAAGGUCCAAGAGUUCCAAUUGUGACUGUUCAUAACAUGACAGAUAAACAAAAAAUAUUUGAGCUGGAGGUAAAUGAAAACGUGCAGCUGACUGUCAAUGACAGGCAAAUGCCUAAAGUGGAGUACAUGGAAAUCAAGAUAGACGAUUACAAAUUGCCAAUGCAAAUCUUAAAGCCAGCAACCUUUGCGGACACCAUACACUAUCCUUUGCUACUGGUUGUUGAUGGAACGCCUGGUAGCCAAAGUGUAACAGAGAAGUUUGAAGUGAAUUGGGAAAGCGUACUGGUCAGCUCUCACAAUGCAAUUGUGAUGAAGUUUGAUGGCCGUGGUAGCGGAUUCCAAGGCACUAAGUUGUUACAUGAAGUUAAGAGAAGAUUGGUCCUUCUGGAGGAAAAGGAUCAGUUGGAAGCUCUCCGGACAAUGUUAAAAGAACAUUAUAUUGAUAAAAUGCGAGUUGCUGUAUUUGGGAAGGAUUAUGGGGGCUAUCUGAGCGCUUUUAUUCUUCCGGCUGGUGAAGAGAAUCAAGUGUUCACUUGUGGAGCCUCUCUUUCUCCAUUGACAGACUUGAAAUUAUACGCUUCUGCCUUUUCUGAAAGGUAUUUGGGACUACAUGGCAUUGAUAACAGAGCAUAUGAGAUCACCAAAUUAGCACACAGAGUUUCAUUACUGAAAGAUCAAAAGUUUUUGAUCAUUCAUGCCACAGCUGAUGAAAAAAUCCAUUUCCAGCAUACUGCAGACCUUAUUACACACCUAAUUAGGGCAAAGGCUAAUUACAGCUUACAGAUAUACCCUGAUGAAAGCCAUUACUUUAACAAUGCCAUGCUUGAGCAACACUUGUACCAAUCCCUUGUCAAUUUCUUUGUGGAAUGUUUCAAAGUUCAGGACAAAGUCCCAAUAGUCACACUGAAAGAGGAUGAGGAGGAAGAUUAACCCUUUUGGUUCGUGCUAAGCACAAAGCCGUUCUUUAUAACAAUAUGCAACUGAAUCAUUUUCCUGGAGAAAGAAAUGUUAUGUUGUUAGCAUGUAUUUAAACAAAACUGAAAGCAGCCUGCCUGCUUUACGGACAGCAACUCCUUCCUGAAUGGAAGAACAUUAAGCAUGAUGAACUCAGCAGAAACUGCUGUCUGACAUGAAUCCGUCACAUACAUCACCACCUUAUUUGCCACAAAAUGACUUCUGGAGUAAAAGGCUUUCAAGAAACUGGACUUGAAGGACCACCCCAAGAAACCACCUUGUGGACUAGCAGGUUAAAUGGCCCUUUUUGCAUUGAAACAAUGAAGUAGUAGCAAUGAAAUUCAUCCUCUCUGUUAGGGUUACCAUAGCAUCCUGUUGUGUCAGAUAAAACUUAACAAAUGAAAAAGAUUAUAGCACAAUUAUUUUAAGGUACAGAUUCAUACAUAUUCGCCUGUUCUCCCCCAUGUUUAGAAUAUUCAUCAUUGCUAUGGGGCAUACAGAUUCUAAUUAUACAAAGUAUCACUGUAGUUACACUAAUGUUUAAUUAAUCUCAUAUAAUUAAUUACUAUUUUAUAUUGUUUUUACCUAUUCCUCUUUACAUUUGGUCUCAUGCUUACCUUAUCAGCUUCACAACUUGUCUUGGAUGUGGAAGAAAACAGGCACUGAACUAACUAGACAAGUGUUUUUCAGUCGGUGGGUCAUGACAGAAGAAGGGGGUCACAAAGGCAAUCAGGGAAAGGGGGGAGGGUGCAAGGUCUUACAUUUGAUUACAGUGUAAAGCAAAGAAAAUCUUUGUUCCUUCCCUUCCUGCACACCCUUCAGUUAUUCUCUGGUAGCCUCUCCAAGCGCACAUCUAAAUAAAUUAUUUUUGGGAAAUUCAAUGGCUUGUGUUAUACAGGAGGUCAUACCCAAUGGUCUCUUCUGCUCUUGGAAUCUAUGAA